AAGAAUCUGACGUCAUACGGAAGAGGCGGGGCUCGCGGGGGCGGACUAGAGGCCGCCGGAAGUGCUCAGUGUUGUUGCCGGAAGUAGAGAAAAGGCUGUAAUGGCGGCUACGACCGAAGUUGUGGUGCCCGUGGACGGCGCGGAAGACAAGACCUCGGCGGCGGAGGAGCUGGCGGCGCAGAAGCGCGAGCAGAGACUGCGCAAGUUCCGUGAGCUGCAUCUGAAGCGGAAUGAAGCUCGGAAGUUAAACCACCAGGAAGUUGUGGAAGAAGACAAAAGACUUAAGCUGCCUGCUAACUGGGAAGCCAAGAAAGCUCGUUUGGAGUGGGAGCUGCAGGAGGAAGAGAAGAAAAAGGAGUGCGCAGCGAGAGGGGAGGACUACGAGAAGGUGAAGCUGCUGGAGAUCAGUGCGGAGGAUGCGGAGCGUUGGGAGAGGAGGAGGAAGAAGAAGAACCCUGAUUUGGGCUUUUCAGAUUAUGCUGCUGCCCAGCUACGGCAGUAUCACCGACUGACCAAGCAGAUCAAGCCUGACAUGGAAAGCUAUGAGCGACAGAGAGAAAAGCAUGGAGAAGAUUUUUUCCCAACAUCCAACAGUCUUCUCCAUGGGACGCAUGUGCCUUCCUCAGAGGAAAUUGACAGAAUGGUUUCAGACCUGGAAAAGCAAAUCGAGAAGCGAGACAAAUACAGCCGAAGACGGCCUUACAAUGAUGAUGCUGACAUCGACUACAUCAACGAGAGGAACGCUAAGUUCAACAAGAAAGCUGAGAGGUUCUACGGGAAGUACACGGCUGAGAUCAAGCAGAACCUGGAGAGAGGCACAGCUGUGUGAGCCUGGCCCCGAGGGACAGGGCAGAAGUGGAAAGGGACUGGGGGCUUCCGCUGGCAAUGGCAGCUUCCAACUAAGACCGGUAAACGAGAACUUACCCCCCAUGCCCCCCACCCGGCGUUCUGAAAUAAACGUCUUUUCUUACCUUCACUUCCACAUGCAUAUGUCCACAUUUUUGUGCUUGGAUGUAAGAUGUGUUUCUUGUAGUGAGUGAUGUUGUUUUGUAAAGAUCUAAUUUGUAUAAAUCCUAAUUAUUAUUUUUCUAUAUAUCUUAAAUGUGCAUAACCAUGUAACCUUUGAAUUAUUGGGGCUCAGGUGGUUUGUGUGCACAGGGUGCACAGAUGCUCCUGGAGUUCUGGCACUGUCUGCCCAGGGCUGGGGUCAGGGGUCAUGACUGUCAGCCUUGCACGUUCCCUUUUUAAAGGACAAUAAAGUGCUUUGGAUUAGAAUCAUGAAUGAUGUCUAUAGUUUAA